UGUGUGUGUGUCGAGGCAGAGCUGAAGCUGGUGGCUGUUUCAAUCAAAAGGGGGACUCAGAGAGGGAAGGGAGUGCUGCUCUGCGGACGGAGAGAUGUAAGAUGGCAGAGCUACAAAUGUUGUUAGAGGAAGAGAUCCCAGCUGGUAAAAGAGCGCUUGUGGAGAGUUACCAAAACCUCACCAGAGUAGCAGACUACUGCGAGACCAAUUAUGUCCAGGCCCAGGACAAGAGGAAAGCUCUGGAGGAGACCAAAGCAUACACCACCCAGUCCCUGGCCAGUGUGGCCUACCAGAUCAAUGCCUUAGCCAACAAUGUACUGCAGCUGCUGGACAUCCAGGCCUCGCAGCUGCGGCGCAUGGAGUCCUCCAUCAACCACAUCUCCCAGACGGUGGACAUCCAUAAAGAGAAGGUGGCCAGGCGAGAAAUCGGGAUCCUGACCACCAACAAGAACACGUCGAGGACUCAUAAGAUCAUAGCGCCGGGUAAUAUGGAGCGGCCGGUCAGGUACAUCAGGAAGCCCAUUGACUACAAUGUACUGGACGAUGUGGGCCAUGGUGUGAAGCAACAUGGAAACAAUCAGGCAAUCAGAGGAGGAGGAACACUAUCGAGGACCAAUCCGCCAACGCAGAAACCACCAAGCCCUCCCAUGUCAGGGCGUGGCACGCUCGGACGCAACACGUCCUACAAGACCCUGGAGCCGGUGAAACCGCCCACGGUGCCCAACGACUACAUGACCAGCCCCGCCCGAAUAGGCAGCCAGCACGGCCAGCAGCACAGCCCCGGGCGCACGGCGUCGCUCAACCAGAGGCAACGCACGCACAGCGGGAGCAGCGGGGGUAGCAGCAGCAGGGAGAACAGCGGCAGUAGCGGUAUUGGCAUUCCCAUCGCCGUGCCUACACCCUCCAUCCCCAACUCUGGACCAGUCCCGCCCAUGUCCGCUCCCCCGGGGGCCCCUCCGCCUCCCCCACCCCCUCCUCCUCCUCCUCCUCCUCCACCUCCUCCUCCUAUGGCCGGGCCUGGCCCUCCAGCAGCACCACCACUACCAGCAGCGGUGGCCCCUGGGCCUGGUCUGGGCCCCGCUCCAAUGUCCCAGUUUGGAACCAUCUCGCGGCAGAUUUCACGGCACAACCCCUCCAACUCCUCUGUCUCUAUGGUUUCGGCCACGGGCACCUACCGCCGGGCACCGUCGGUCACUUCGCAGUUCUCCUUGCAGCAGCAGCAACAACUACAGCAGCAGCAACAGCAGCUACUACUACAGCAGCAGCAGCAGCAGCAGCAACAGCAGCAGCCUCAUAUUAACGGAGGCACUCCUGGCUACAGCCAGAACUCAAUGUCUAUCGCUCCUCCUCCGCCUCCCAUGCCCCAGCUGACUCCACAGAUACCUCUGACUGGCUUUGUGGCCAGGAUGCAGGAGAGCAUUGCAGAUACUCCUACUCCACCUCCCCCUCCACCUCCAGAUGACUUGCCUCUGUUUGACGAUUCUCCUCCCCCUCCACCACCUCCUCCAGUGGAUUAUGAGGAGGAGGAUGCUGCUGUCGUGCACUAUAAUGACCCCUACGCUGACGGAGAUCCGCAGUGGGCGCCCAAGACUUAUGUUGAGAAAGUGGUGGCCAUCUAUGAUUACUGCCAGGACAAAGACGAUGAGUUGAGCUUCAUGGAGGGGGCGAUCAUCUACGUCAUCAAGAAGAACGACGACGGCUGGUACGAAGGCGUCUCCAACGGCGUCACCGGCCUCUUCCCCGGCAACUACGUGGAGAGCAUCAUGCACUACGCCGACUGAAGGGACCUCGCAGUAACAAUACAGUGUAUUUAUUCAGUCAUAUCAUAUCCACCCAGAGACCGACGGCAGCAAACCGACUCCCGAGACGCAUUAGACGUAACUGUAUGAUCUCCUUUUGAUAUGAAACAAUCUUCUUUCCCAUACUGAUUGCAAAUAAAAUGAAAAGUAAUAUCUAUUUAGUUUAUUUUGGUGUUAUAUGGGCGGUUGGGGGACAUUUAUGGAAUAUGUAAAAAGAAUAAAAAAUAAAUAAAGUUUCUAAAGAAUUGGACUGCAGAUGCUCACACAGGUUGAACUCAAAGACCGAUGGUCCCACAGCUGAAGGAUUGUACGGCGUCAUCUUGCCUGGACAACGAUUUGCGAUUCGGUAUUGAAUCUUUUCAUGAACAAGAAUAUUAAAGUAGGUUUGAUGGAACGAAUAAACUGUUAGUGUCAUGUAAGCACCUUCAGUUGAAGUGUUUGUAUUGUCACUUGUACAUAACGUGAGCCGCAGCCACUUCUUCCUGUAAUGUAAAUUCAGUGAAUGUCAAUUACGAUAGUUUUCACUAGUGGUGCCCUCCUCGACUCCACGAGGCUCAUUCGUACGAAAAAUUUAAACGGCCUGUCGAUAACAUACAAAUUUAAAUACUGUGUAUGGUAUUUCAAGGAAACAAUUACUCCUGAACAUCAGUCUUGGCGUUAAAAGCAUGCAAAAAAAAUUUAAUAGAUAUAUUGUAACCUUAAGUUUAUUGCCAUUAUGUUGUAAAUGUAUUCACCUUUUUUGUUUUUGUUAAAAUUUUUAUUAUUCUGUUGAAAUCACUGAACUUUUUAGAAGUAAAUUUCAGGCUUUCCCACAGACUCAUCUCCCUUAUAUUUGAACUUUUAAAAUCAUAAAAUAAUAACAGGAAAUUUACUUUUUCAUGCAUUUCGAUCUGUCUGAAGCAAGAGAACACAUUCCUUUUGUUUUUUUUUGGCUUCUUAUCAAGCAUUUUAAGAUUAUGUCUCAUCACUGUUAACUUUAUACUAAUCCACAUCUAAAUCUGUAGGGUUCAUUGGUGACUGUCAAUAAAGGACAAUGGUUCUGACAGGCAGCAGGUGGCGGGCAAUGAUUGAUUAGAUUGGGGAGAUGUGCCUGACACUGCCGUGUGACAAUUCAGAUUGAACGUAGACCAAUAAACAACUCUAAUACCUCUUCAGUCUUGUCAAAGCAACAAUAACCUGCUCUGGGUUCGAGGACCAUGUUGAAUGCUCUGAACACUUAAAAUCCUCCGGGCUGCACAGGUGUACAUAAUAACUUGAGUUAAAAAAAAUAAAAUCAGCCAAUCAAUAUUAGGUUUCACUCAGGUCUUAGAAUCAUCUUGAUAACAUUUUUUAUUUUAUUUUUAUUUUUGGCCCUCGAACACACAUCUAACAUAACCUAAUUUUCACAAUGCAUGGUUAACAUGCAUUAUGUACCAUUUCAGGAUUUUUGCAGCUAAUGCCUUGAUGUGUUGCCCGUUUGCUUUAGUAUAUCCAACAUUUAAAAAAUAAAAAAAACAAA